AUGAGUAAACACAAACUCGACGAAGGGGCCCAAUUGGCCAAGCAAGACAAGAAGCGCAGGAAAAAGGAUCGCAAAGAAGCCCUCCGCGUUGAAGACGUUACGCCCAGUUCGACCGAAGCCACCGCCAGUUCGACGCCCGCACCGCAGCCAGAAAACGAGGACGAUGGCGCAACCUACAAGCCCGACCCAUCUCUCAACUCGCUGCCGCAAUCUUCAGUAGACGACUUCUUCAAGUCUGAAUCCGUGAGGAUUGACGAUCCGAAAACCACAAACCUCCGGCCAAUCCUGGCAUUUACGCACCUCCCUUCCGAGCUCGCGACGCAGUUCAAGAGCAUCUUCUCUUCUUUCGACAAGCCUUCGUCAAUCCAGUCCGCGGCUUGGCCCUUCCUUCUGUCUGGACGAGAUGUCGUGGGUGUCGCCGAGACGGGUAGCGGGAAGACGAUCGCAUUCGGGCUGCCGCUGGUAUUCCGUCUGUCGGCAUUGAAGAAGAGAAAGGGGAUACGAGCGGUGAUUGUCGCACCGACGCGAGAACUGGCGAUCCAAGUUUACGAGCAAAUCGACAAGCUGUGCAAGACGGCCGACAAGCUGAAGCCCGUGUGCAUCUACGGCGGAAUGAGCAAGGACGAGCAGCGCCGGUCUCUGCAAGGAGCGAACGUGGUCGUCGCCACUCCUGGAAGAUUGAAGGAUUUCAUGUCGGACGGCACGAUUGACGUCUCGAAGACGCGGUACCUUGUCCUAGACGAGGCCGACCGUAUGCUGGACAAGGGGUUCGAAGACGAUAUCAAGCAUAUCAUCUCGCAGAUGCCGUCGUCGAGCAAACGUCAAACGGCCAUGUUCACUGCGACCUGGCCCAAAUCCAUCCGAGACCUUGCGGCGACUUUCAUGAAAGAUCCGGUCAAGAUCACCAUAGGACGCAACGACGCCGAUGACUCGGGCGAGCUUCGUGCAAAUACCCGCAUCGUGCAGAAGGUCGAGGUCAUGGACGGCUUGGCCAAACAACAGCGUCUCCUACAGCUUCUGAAAGAGCACACCGCUGGCAGCAAGCGCAACGAUCGCAUUCUGGUGUUCUGUCUGUACAAGAAAGAGGCGCUCCGGAUCGAGAACUUCAUCCGGAGUCGUGGCUUCACUGUCGCCGGUAUUCAUGGGGACAUGUCGCAAUCCGCUCGUAUCGCCAGUCUGGAAUCUUUCAAGUCCGGCUCCGUGAGCCUGCUUGUCGCCACCGAUGUUGCUGCGAGAGGGCUGGAUAUUCCCGAAGUCAAGCUCGUCAUCAACGUGACUUUCCCUUUGACGGCCGAGGAUUACGUUCAUCGUAUCGGCCGUACUGGUCGCGCCGGUAAGGAAGGACUAGCAAUCACCAUGUUUACCGAGCAGGACAAGCCCCUCGCCGGAGCCCUGAUCAACGUGCUCAAGGCGGCGAAGCAGGAUGUUCCAGAUGACUUGUUCAAGUUCGGCACAACAGUGAAGAAGAAGCAGCACGAUGCGUACGGUGCCUUCUAUCGUGAAGCAGACGAGGGGAAGAAGGCCACCAAGAUCACAUUUGACUGA